UGCAAACACUCCUGAACCCACUGAACUUUACCUCAGUUGUUCCUUUCAAACAUAGAUAGCAGCCUUUUGUUUAGUUUCUUUGUAAGCGGCGGAUACAUAUUCUAAUUACUUAGUAACUAAAGAACAGAGGCUCCUGACCUUUACCUACUGAGGACAGAUAGUGCUCUACUUUCAUUUGAGGACUUUGAACGUACACAACUCUAAUUUAUAGAGGAGCUUCAGCAGCUUUAGGACCAACAGCUUUACUCUUGCUUUUUUAGUGCAGAGGAAAGAAGGAUUUUCAGAUCUAUUUUUUUAACAAUUGUUCUCAUUGCAUUGGAGAAGGAAGGAAGAGGGAUGCGGCAAUCGGUUGUGUUGGUGUUAUUCCUUCUGAGCAUGGCUUUAGAGGACCGAGCGGCUGCAGAAAAAGUAAAGGACUCUGCAGAAACCCCCAAGCUUGUUAAACCAGACAAAGUUAAAGAUACCAACACUACUGUGAAAAGCAGCUCUUCACCAAAGUUUUUAGGUAACCUGCUGGUGAUACCCAUGGAUGGGAGUCAUUGGGUGGGUAUAAAAGCCCUUGCACAAGAAUUGGGUCGACGCGGCCACAGGGUAACUGUUGUGAUUCCUGAGCACAACCUACGGAUGGGUCCUGGGAAAUACUACGAUACCAUCUUCUAUCCGGUUCCUUAUGAUAAGGAACAUGUUAUUAAUUUGCUGUCUUCACACAAGGAUGUCUUAGAAAAAUCAGUACAGCCGUUCAUGGAGAAAAUAAAGGCAAGAUUCACCCAGAUUGGAAAAACCAGCAAUUUUCUUCAUACCACUGCAGAGAGUCUGCUGUUUAACACCAGCCUCAUUCAUCAUCUAGCAGAGCAGAAGUUUGAUGCGGUCCUCACAGAUCCAAUGGUCCCAACAGGUUCAUUCAUUGCUCGGAAACUUGGUGUCCCUGUUAUUAACUUACUGAGGGGGAUCCCCUGUUUUAUGGACCUGAAAGCUGCAGGCUGCCCUGCCCCACCAUCCUAUGUGCCUCGAUUUUUCACUGGACUCACUGACAAGAUGAACUUCAAGGAGAGAACCAUUAACACUUUGGUGGCUUUACUGGAACCGUUACUGUGUCGGAUUCUGUACUGGCACUUCGACCAGACAGCCUACAAAUUUCUGGGAGAGAAAGUGGGCGUCGCAGAGAUUCUUUCAGAUUCUGAUAUCUGGCUGCACAGGAUUGACUUCACGCUGGACUCUCCCCGCCCUCUCAUGCCAAAUACUAUUCUAGUUGGUGGAAUAAAUUGCAAAUUGAGGAAUCCUCUUCCUGAAGAUUUGGUGACGUGGAUCUCAGGGGAGCAUGGGUUUGUAGUGUUUACUCUUGGCUCCAUGCUUUCAGAACUGCCAGAAUACAUCACGUCUACCUUCCUAGAAGCCUUCAGGCAGAUUCCACAGAAGGUGAUAUGGAGAUACACUGGUAAAGUUCCUGGCAAGAUCCCAGAAAACGUGAAGAUGAUGAAAUGGGUACCUCAGAAUGACCUGUUAGCUCAUCCUGGGGUUCGAGCUUUCAUCACUCACGCUGGCUCACACGGCGCGUUUGAGGGUUUAUGUCACGCUGUUCCCAUGUUGAUGGUGCCGGUGAAUGCAGAGCAGCCCGACAACGCACAGAGGAUAGCCAGCAGGGGAGCAGGAGUGGUGCUGGAUAUAACCUCCAUCACCACUGAGAGCCUGCUGCAGGGGCUGAAUGAGGUCAUCAAUAACCCCAGGUACAAAGAGAACAUCAGGCAGCUUUCAGCCCUUCAUAACGAUCGCCCCAUGGACCCUCUGGAUCUUUCAGUUUACUGGACAGAAUAUGUGAUGCAACAUAAAGGAGCGAAACACCUCAAAGCUGCUGUUCAUGACCUUAACUGGUUCCAGUACUACUGCCUGGACAUUGUAGCACUGCUAGCCACUGUGCUGCUGGUUACUGUAACACUGAUAUUUAAAUGUCUGAAACUCUGCUUCCGGAAACUGGGCAGGAAGAAGAAGCAAGAGUAAAAGGAUCC